GACUCCUGGGGGGGUGGGCUGCGGUAGGGAAUGGCAGAACGGGCAACUUUCUGAAUCUGGGGUGAGCUGGAGUUGGGGGGUGGGUGCCUCCCUUCGUGGCCCACCCCCAGCUGUCCUCUGGCAGCCUGGCCUCGGUGCUGCUGUCCGUCCAUGUCCCUGGAGGCUGAUGGUGACAUUGUCACACAUGCAGAAUGACCCCAGAGUGGCUACAGAGCCACCCAGGGUGCCACAGCAGGGUAAGGGGGCAACAGGAGCCAGAGUUAGGGUCUCGUACUCUCACCUAGGGCCCUGUCUCUCCCUCCAUGAACCUUGCUCACAUCCACCUGCAUGCACCCACGGACACCCUGCACGCACCCACUCCUAUGCGCCCCAACUCCAACUUUCCCCUGCAGCAUGAGCAGCCCCGAGCCACCCGCUGAGACCCUCGCGCCCGACAUCCCCACCUGGUCAAAGGAGCCCACGUACAGCAAUCUGGGUGAGAUCCGCACCCACCUGUUACCCUCCAAGGCCUGCCGCCUCCGAGCACCUGGGUCCCCCUCGGCUGACCUGAAGCCCCCACCCCUGCCCAAGAAGACCCUUACUCGAACCAAGUCCCUGCCCACCUACGGGACCCCCGGCCCCAGCCCUGCCCACGCCAGGCAGCCUCGGAGGCCCCUCCUGGGGUCCCGCAGUGUGGACAAGAGCCAGGAGGCUGAAAACAGGGUCGGCCCAGCCAGUUUCCUCGAAGAGCUGACCUUCAGCACGCCGGACACUGAGCUGGGCUGCUUCUUCCAAGACCUGAGCAACCUGGAGGCAGUGCACGACACACUCGCCGCCCGGCAGCUGGCCAGUCUCAGCACCAUCCAUGCCCGUCUCCACACCCGGCUCUUGGGGGGCCACCCUGGGCCCUGCAACCCCAGCCACAGCUUCCGCCUUCUGGACGACUCACCCUACGUGGACAGCGGGGAUGCCAUCUACUACCGCGUGGUUCGCGUGAACAAGGACGCCUGGCACAUCCUGGCCGCCAAGGUGCCCAAGCCAGGAUCCGAGGUCCCUGACCCAUGGGGCCUGGAGCUGCAGGCCUCCCUGUCCCCCCACUUCAACCUUCAGAGCCUGUGCGGCCUGGUGUCCGAGCGCGUCCUGCCUGCGGCGCCCUGGCGGGGGCCAGCGACAUUGGUGGCCGAGGUGCCCGAGCGCACGGUGGCCCAGUGGCUGGCGGAGGUCGGCGUGCGGCGGCCCCCGGAGUUCUCCCGGGCUGUGGCCCUGCUCCUGCUGCAGCUGAGCGCGGCCCUGGAGCGCCUGGAGGCGCGGGACGCAGCCCUGGUGGAGCUGCGGCCUGAGAACCUGCUGCUGGCGACCCCGCGGGGCUGCGCGACCACCGGGCCGCAACGCCUGCUGCUCGCAGACUUUGGCCGAGUGCACCCACGGCCCACCGGGGUCCAGGGUGCCCACGCGCGGCCGCUGGGCAGCCUCCUCCAAGUGAUGCUUUGCCCCGCCGCCACGCCCCCGGACACGCCCCUGGCCACGGGCCUGCGGCGCCUGGGUGUGCAGCUGCUCCGCCGGCUACCCUCGGCAGCCCAGAUUCGGGGCGCGCUGCAGGCGCUGCUCUGGGGGCCCGGGCCUGCGCUGCGCGGCCCCGGGGCGCCGCUGGGGCCCUGGCUGAGGGUGCGCCGCGCGCUGCUGGUCCUGCGUCUGGCAGAGCAUGCUGCGGGCGGGGAGGAGCUGGGCCUGGAGGACUGGCUGUGCUGUGAGUACCUGGCGGAAGCCACCGAGGGCUCUCUGGCCCACGCCCUGGCUCUGCUAUGGGACUGACCCCACUCGGGAGCAGACCCCACGCUGUUCCAAGGUGGACGGGGGCCUGGGCUUCUCCAAGACCAGACGCCCCUUUCCCGUGCUGGGGCUGAUGGGGCAGGGUCCCCACAACAGGGUGGAUGUCCCCUUCCAGGUGAGGCUGGUGGACAGUGUGGGGUCUGAUCAGUGGCUUUCCGAGCGUGUGGAUACCUCCACCCCUCCAAAAGCUGCCCUUCCCCAUGCUGGGGACUUAGGGCCUCCCCAAAAGGGCAGGUGCACCCUUUCCAGGAUGCAGGGGCUUUUGGCCAGUGUUGCCCUGAGAGUGGACAGCCACUCCAAGCUGGGGUGUGAUGUCACUGUCUCCCUCAGAGUGUGGAUGCCCCAAUCCCUUGCCCCGGGGGGUGUCCUGGGGAGGGCAGGCCCCCUGAGGAGCCACAAACCCUUCCAUUGUUCCGCAUGCCCUGCCCCCCCCCCACCUGCACCCUCUCUGCACCCUCGCUGGCCUCUUUGCUGCUCCGGCGACGCCCUAAAUUCUGCCUGGCCUCCGAGAUUUUGCAGGGGCUGUUCCCCCUUCCAGAGAGCUCAAAUCCUGCUUCCUUAGACGCCCCUCCAAGCCGAGAAAUUAGCCUCUCUUGGUGAGCCGGCCCUCGGUGGCCUGGGGUUUCUUCAUCUCCCCAUCUGCUCACUGCCCACCUCUCCCUGCAGGUAGGGUGAGGGCUGGGCCUGGCACAGACCAGCUCAUCAGGAGGCCUUUGGAGGAGCCUGGGGUCUCGGUGUACACCUCUACACGUCUGCAGAACGGACACAGGAGCCCUGAGGGGUCCUGCUGUCCUUGCCUGGGGCCUCAGUGUACACCUGUACACCUCUGCAGAAUGGACACAGCAACCCUGAGGGGUCCUGCUGUCCUUUCCUGGGGCAUCUCCUGUAGUGUGGGCCUCCAGUCAUACCCCCUCUAUCCCAGCCCCGCUGUGGUGGCCCCCGGGGAAUCUUUCUACCCCCCAGAUAUAAUCAUGCCCCUCUUCUGCUCAAACACCUCCCAUGACUGUCUACUACCCUCCUAAGGCUCUGCAAGCAAGCUUUCCCUGGGCAAAUUCUCCAGCAACACCACUCAUCCUUAGAGGUGCUUUGUGAACUCCAGGCCUUUACUCAAGUUGUUUCUCUCUUUGGAAAUAAUCUCCCACCUAUCUGCACUGCUUCAGGCUCCUAGUCACCCUUCAAUACCCCAGCUCUAAUGCCUCUUUCUCUACACUUGCCCUGAUCACAUGGGCUGGGAAAGUCUGUGUCCAGCUCUUCCACCCCACUGUCUCUCAGGCAGCUGAAUAGCCCCCCAAAUGUACCUCCAUCUGCCUGUUACCUGCUGUGACACCCAAGCCCGUGGAGCCCCUUUCCUCCUCUCUAAAAAUGCCUGUUUCCCAGGCCUGGAGGCGGACCUCUGGGCUGUGCUGCCGGAUGCGGCCGGUAGGGGGCGCCCCAAUCCCGUGGAUCGCGACCGCAAAGGGCCAGGGCUUUUCGUUCAAGCAGAGCUGCAGACCCCAGCCCCGGCCGCCCCACCGGCCCCACUUUCGCUCCCCACCACGGGCGCUCCUGACCCAGGACAGUGCCCAGGUCCUCCCCAAGAGGUCACAGGAGUCCCUGGGUGGUGCAAACGGUGAGCACGCACAGCUGCUCACUGGAAGGUGGGAAGUUCAAGUCCACCCAGAGGUGCCUGAGAAGAAAGGCCUGGCCAUCUACUUCCCAAAAAGCAGCCAUGACUACCCCACGGAACGCAGUUCUCUGACGCACACAGGGCGGCCGUGAACUGGCUUCCUGGUUCCAGUGGCCGCCCUGCCGCCCUGAGUCCCAGCCCAGACGACCCCAAUCCCUGCCCCUCCUGGUCCCAAAGGACUUCAACAGGUGAGGCGAGGCACUUAGGACUGGUGGGAGUCCUGAUCAAAUGGGGGAAACGCGGAACAGAACUUCAAGUUCAGAAUUUCUGGAGCCAUGGAGGCUGAACCCCUAAAGCUACUGCUCUGCGAUCAUCUUUAAACCUUAAACCCAAAUAUACCCAGAAGUUUUCUUAAAACUAUAGUUUUAAUUAGUAAAGAAUGUCUGCCUUGAGCUUUGUGCUGUUAAGAACUGUGUGCGAUCACACUGACAACAGCAAAUGGGAAGGGUAGGAAACUUAAGGGGCAGUGAAAAGGGCAAGGAUGGUGGCACUUCAAGAAUGUAACCCACGUCACCGAAUCGUACACGUAGAAGCUGUUAAUUGGUGUCUGUUGCGUAUCUUAAAAAAUAAACUUUAAAACCAUUUUCAGUUGAAUAAAUAAUCCAACAACAAAAAAAAAAGCAGGGACUUGGCCAGCCACCAUUCCAGGAGAGGGCAGGGGUGGCCAUGACCUGCAGGGUGCAGGCUGGUGGGGGCCCCGAGCCGCCCUGGGGAAGGGGAAGCGAGGGAGAUGGGACCCCAGAGUUCUGAAACAGCCCAGGUACAUGCUGGAGCCCCACCACACCCCCCCAGAGGCAAGGCCGGUAUGCCCUCAGCAUCUUUGCGGCCCCCCUCGAGGAUCACUGAAUGCCAGCCCAGGUGACAGACAAGCCCACCCCAGGCCAGAAGCUCCCCACCCUUUUCAGCACCUGCUCAGGUUUCGGGAGAGCCCCCUUCCCCACCAGGGCCAUCUGGCAGGUCCUCCCCCCAGCCCAGCCCCAAGAGCAGAGGCAGCACAAGUCUGGAGUGGGAUCAUCUUUAUUCCGUCUGAGCGACAGAGGGCAGACCACCACCCGUCCCCACGCUGAGGCCUGGGGCCUGGCUGCCUCCAGCACACCUCAGCAAGAAGCUCCUCCAAGGGCCAGCUUAAUCACCUUACACCAGCAGUAAAAAAGGAAAAUAUAAACUUUUAUUUAGAAUUAAAGCAAACACUUCAGUAUCACAAACACAAUAUUAAACUUCAAGAAAUCCACUGCUAAUUUGGAGUGAGCGUUUAUUUGCACGAUUACAAGACACGGACACAGCCAGGAGAAGGACAGCGCAGCCACCGGGACAGACGGCGGGGCCGGCGGCCACUACUCCUCCUCCGAGGAGUCUCUCUCAAGCGUGUAGACCAUGAAGCAGGCGUCGGGUCUCUUGGGGACAAGGGGAUGCC